UCAUUUCCGGGAUAGUACUGGACGUAGUCGCAACUACGAUCAAGCACAUAUCGUCAUGCUGGACCGCUAUGUGUUUACUCUCUCUUUUGCAUUUCUGUUCAGCGUAGCUGAGUUGUCUAACAAAGAUGACGGUUUUCCAGCACCGUUCUACAGAGUUUUAAGUCUGGAGAACCCGCCAAUGGAAGGAAAAGAUGUUGUGAUCCUACAAAAUCUACUGCUGAGAUCACCAUUUGUGAGGCCCAUCAGCACAAGUGGUGUGUACGAUAGGGAAACCAGCGAGGCUGUAGCCAGCUACCAGAAGAGAAAUGGCUUGCCAAGCAAUGGUGUAUUGAAUGCAACAACAGCCUCUCUUGUUCUCAAGCAACUGAUGUAUGACGGAUAUCGAGACGAUCACACUGUGCCUUCAGGGUAUAAAUUUAAGGUUCAUGUUCCUGUGUACAAAGAUCGGACAAUUGAAACAAAUGCCACUCUUUACGACUCAAAUAACAAGGUCAUGUACACAUUUCGCGCACGUUGCCAUGGUGCCAUGAAUGCUGCUGGCAAAGAUAUAAAUCAGCUUACAAGGAAUGGAAAUACUCCAACUGGACUUGUGACAUUUGACCUCAACAGUCCUGAGCCAGACCCAAAAUCAUUUGGCCCGUAUCCUGUCAUAAGAGCAGUCAAAGGUCUAAAAGGAAAUGCUGCAAUUGGUAAAAACAAAGAUGACACCUUUCUAAGUGACUACAGGAGUGGAAUUUUAAUGCACACUGGAGAGUGGGAUCAUUGGAAUCCAUCUGAGCCUAUGCCUAACAGUGAUGGUUGCAUUCAUGUCCACCCUGACGAUUUAAAGACCAUUGAUCAAAUUCUUAAAAAGCUUGGUGUGAUUGAGAGACAAAAUACUUUUGGAAAACUGCCAUAUCCUUAUAAACCUCAAGGUUUGCUCUCAAUUGAAGAGAUUUUCUCUAGUGAGUCUGUGCCAUUCAACAAGGGAAGCAUCGACAUAUUGACCAUGACUACUAAAAUUUGAAUUACUUUUUCUUUUAACUUUCUACUACCACUUGGUAGACAACAUUUGUAUCACAGGCAACCCAAGUAGGCUUAGAAAUAUGCUAAAUUAUACAUAUUAUUACAACGACCUUGUGGGGGAAUGCAAUUGAUGUUUUGGUUGUAGCCCUCUAAUCACACAAUCAAUGAUACCAUAACUUAUUGAAGAAUUGUAGUAAUGAAAAGUUACAUAUCAUCUACUUCCAGACAUUUAAUCAUUAAUGAACAGGCUUGGCUAUAUAUAGACAGAGAUCUCAGAGUUUAUAUCAUUAUUAUAUUAUAUCAGAGUUUAUAACAAAUUGGUUGGCUACACGUUACGUAAGUCUUCUUGCAAAAAAAUUGAGUGCAAUUCUUCAAUGCUCUCAUUUUUCAUAGAUCAGUAUUUUAAGUAAAAGGAUAAUGAACAGAAAACUAAACCCCUUUUAAAAUUAAAAACUUUUUUUAACAAGAUGUAGAAAUAAUACUCAGGGUUGCCAUUCAGUACAUUUAAACUUCUUUUAUUUUUAUUCUUACAUGACAAUUUAAUAAAUGGUAAUCAUUACUAGUAAAUGCGAGCUCUUACAAAGUAAUAAUAGAGGCAAACUGUAGACUAGUGAUUUGUCCUGAAUUGGUUGUCUCUUAAUUUACCCUGAUGCACCUCAUUGAUAACAUAUUUCCUACUAAAUUGAAUUUUCACAUGUUAUUUUUGUUUUCGGUAAAAAUACCUUGAAAAUUUGAACCUGUCUGACCUCAGGUAAUACAUGACAGUCAUGCAUUUCCCAAAUUUGGUAAUACUUGAAUGAAUAUGUACAAAUGGUGAAUAAAAAACUUUUAAAUGUGUUA